AUGGAAUUAUGUUAACUGCUACCAAGUCAGUUCAAUAAAACCUUGAAUCUAUCUUCGAGAUAAAUUACCAGAAUAGGAAAAUUGGUUCAAAACUCACCUUUUCUAAAUUUAUAGCAUCUUCAUAUAAGUCACAACAACAUAUCCAAUUUGGAUGGCAUUGAAUAAUUCAAAUAGUUAAAGAGCUUGUCUCUAUCAAACAAUCAAAUGGUUGAUAUCAAUGAACUCAAAAAAGUGAAUAGGAAUCUCUAAUACUUAUCAAUCCAUUCGAAUCCCUUCACCGUUUACGACUAUCAUGAUGUGUGUUAUCACCUAUUUCGCUAACUCAAGAGACUCGAUGGAAUGGCAGUCGACAUGAGAAUAGUUAAAUCGCAAAGAAUUCAGGCUGAAGUAGUAUCCAGAUGGCUAAUUCCGUGGAUAUAUUAACUUAACAACUAGAUGUUAAACAUAUAAAAAGUACUAUCCUUAAGGAGUGCAACCAAAGAGAUCGAUCAGAGGUCACAAUUAAAGAUAGUCUCUAAUGACCUCUUAUUACAGAUUGAUUGGCAAUUCAUUGAUAGAAUGUUGUCAUUCCUCAGUUCAUCCACUCUGCAGAAUUUGUCCAAAUUACUUCAAUCACUCCAAUAUAAUUAAGAACUUGAUUAAGUUCAAACCAAAGAAAUGAAGAAAAUACACUAUGAAACAUUCCAAGAUGUCAUCAAACUCUAAUCUUCCAAUCAUUAUGCUGCCUUCAUUGAUUACUUGAUCAGAUUAAACGAUGGAGAUAAAACCAAUUAUUAUAAAGUGUUUCUUAACAUACAGAAACCCUAAUUGCACAUUUCCUCUGAUUUAUACCCCAAGGAUGACGAUCUCAUUCCUCAAGAACAACCUCAAAAAAUACUAUAGACAGUACCAACAUUUCUAAAGGAUAAAAUCAAAUGUUAAGAAGUCAUCUCCAAUACCUAUAGAAAAUAAAGGACAAUCCCAGAUUAUGAAAAAGAGUUGUUCUUCCAAUACUUCCCAGUCUUUCCUUUUAGACAAGAAUACAUACAAUCCAUCCUAUAAAUAGCCACUUUGAAGUUAACUGAACUCAAAAACUUGGUCUCUCAAGUUGCCUAUCUAAAACAAACUGCCAUCCAAAGUGUCCCUUAGAGUGUGAGAACUCUACGUAAGAAACAGAAAGUAUCAGAAGAACCAGCCCCUUAAAAAUUAAAUUUAAAACCUUAGAAACCUGAAGUGUCCCCAAGAGAAGAUGAAAUUUAACCUCUGGAAGAACAGAAGACCACCACUCGGAUGUACUCUGAUAUCAAAUGCGAGAUCUUAAGAUAGAGAAAAGCCUAAUCUUUAAGUGUUGUGUUAGAAAGGAUAUUCGGGAGAAGAAUGAAAAGGUUUUUUAGUAGAAUCAAUAACCCAGAAUAAGAAGAUACUAGAUUUUUGGACUAUCCACAAGUUGUCUAUUUAUCCAGUUUGUUUUAUGCUAUGAAAAGAGUCUUAGAACAAAAUAAACAAAAAAGGUAACGUCAAUAAAAAAAGAGAUUGAUGAAUUUGGCUUUUUAGGGUUUAAAAUUAUUGAAAUUUGUUAAAUAGAGAGAACACAAGUUAGUCAAUAGAGGGUAUCAAGUGCUCUAAAAAUUGUAUUUCAAAAGACUAGUUGAUGGAAUUAGGAGUAUGAAGCAUUUACUCAAUCAUCCAUAAAAAACUUAGAAAAUACAACCCUUCAAAUUGAUGUUAAGAGAGGCUCCAUUCUAAAAGAGUAUGGAAACCUUAAAAUUCAGAAAGUAUUAUGAUGAAAAUAAUGAAAAUCUAAAACUUUGCAGUGUAUGCACCUAUUAGUUUUGA